CCAAAGGUGCGAGCGGACGUGGGUGGCGCCACGCCAGAGCCCGCCACCACCACACCCUCCCUCCCCUGCCCGAGCUUGCCAAAGAGCGCUUCCAGGCUCCAGUUCCAGCGUAUUACUGCAAUUUGCAGCUCGGCGCGUCCAUGGAGCCCGCGGUGAGAGCCGCGGCGGCCUCCUGCUCCUCCUACCCGUCGCUCCAUCCCCCGCGCGCCCUCGUCGCCCGCCGCCUAGGCCGCAGCUCCGGCCUGUCGCUGCCGGCUCGCCGCGUGGCCGUCGCCGCAGCAGCUAUCGCCCUCGACCCGUUUCAGGAGACCAAAACCGAGCAGAAUGACACUUCGGAAACUGAGGUGUUUGCGUGCCCUGUUUGCUAUGAACCGCUGAUAAGGAAAGGGCCGCCAGGCAUGAACCUGCCAGCGAUUUACAGGUCCGGAUUCAAGUGUUCAAAAUGCAACAAGUCAUUCACCAGCAAAGAUGUCUUCUUGGAUCUCACUGUCACCUCAGGAAUGAAAGAAUACAGUGAACUCAAGCCUGCUAGAACCGAGCUGUUCAGGAGCCCGCUCGUCUCCUAUCUUUACGAGAGGGGGUGGCGUCAGAACUUCAAUCGGAGUGGCUUCCCUGGCCGCGACGAAGAGUUCCAAAUGGCUCAAGACUAUUUCCAGUCAGUCGCUGGUGGUAUACUCGUUGAUGUCAGCUGCGGCAGUGGCUUGUUUUCAAGGAAGUUUGCAAGCUCUGGGGCAUACUCAUCUGUGAUUGCUUUGGACUUUUCAGAGAAUAUGCUCCGACAAUGCUAUGACUACAUCAAACAAGAAGAAACCCCUAUGAACACGAACCUUGCACUUGUAAGGGCUGAUAUUUCUAGGCUCCCUUUUGCUUCUUGUUCAAUCGAUGCCAUUCAUGCUGGAGCCGCUAUCCACUGUUGGCCGUCCCCUUCAAAUGCGAUAGCUGAAAUCAGCCGUGUGCUGAAGCCCGGCGGUGUAUUCGUAGCGACAACCUUCUUAUCCACCCCCACGAACAGCGGCCUGUUCUCUAUCGAUGCACUAAAGCCACUGAGACAGAUUGUUGGGCCAGUGAACAGCAGCUACAACUUCUUCACCGAAGGGGAGCUGGAAGACCUGUGCAGAUCCUGUGGUCUGGUCAACUACAGCAGCAAGGUUCAGAGGUCAUUCAUCAUGUUCUCCGGGCAAAAGCCAUAGCUGAGUAUCAUCCAGACUCUCUUUGUAUAGCCAGCCACGGUGUAUAUAUAGUUGUGCUUUUUUAUGGGUAUAUAUAUAUAGCUGUUAUGUUAAAUCAGGUGGCGAAAAUGUAACUUAAACAUGCAUUAGGCCGUAACCAAAAUGCACGGUCUCUGACUCUAGGGAAUCCAGUCAUGGAAGUUCAUGAAAACGUCGGUCGUGUCGUACUAUCACUUAAUAUGUGACAUGCCAGUAUUUCACUCCA